CUUCCUGUCGCCCGCACGCCCGCUGACCAAAACUCCGGAAGGCUCUGGGCUCGAGAUUGAGGAAAAGAAUGAAUGAAAGAUAAAAGGAAAUAGAAACAGGAAGAGAACAAGAAAGAAAGAGUUUACUAUUGCUAAAGAAAUUAUUCUACAUAACUUAUUUCACGAGACAGGAUCUUUCGUAAACAGAGCUGAGAAUGUUCUGGUUGAACAUGUUGUGUAUGAUCUAUUUAUAUCGAGCAUUCCGUGUUAUCAUAUACCAAGACGUACUAUAUGAACUGUAAAUGACAUGUAUCGGCAUGAUCCGAAACGCCUUCCUCAUCAUGAAUAAUAAACGUGCCAACUCCAUUGUCUAAUAACGUUGAUGAUAUCUUCCUUUCUUCUCCUACUCUCCCAACACGUUUACUGUGGUGUUCGGGUAAAAUAGUAUUGUGAUCAAGAUCGGCAUAUAUAAUGUCUAAUAAGAGUUUGAUGAUAUCUUUCUUAUUUCUCCUACUCUUCCCAGGCUGUGACUGGUGUUCAGGUCAAACUACAGACUCCAAAAUCACAGGAUUUGUUAAAGAACAACUGGACCUUGUUUGCAUUAAGCUGCGGAUAGAAAAAGACAUGAAUGUUGCUCGUUAUUUAAGCCAAAAUCUUGAAGAACCUGCCGAUCAGUUGGAACGAUUUGUUAUAUCCAAAUGGAGCCAAAAAGAUUAUACCAAACACUGCAAUACAGAACAUAAGCUAUAUAACAUAUGCUCACAGGUGACGUCAUAUGUGACUGCCAACGUAACACAUUUCGUCAUCGAGAGUGCUCCAUUAGAACUCAAUAAGUACAAAACUCAGUGUGCGUAUGAAUACGACUCUUUAAAGAAGGAUAGCCGAGGAAGUAUUCAAAUCAUCAAACUUCGAGAUAAGAUUGAAGGCUACGUUGGUGAAAGAAUAGAAAAAGAAUGCUUUUCCCCAAGCAGAUGUAGAUCUGUUACAUUGAAAAUCAACAACACCGAAGCUAAAAUCAGUGAUACAAAUAUGAGCUUCCCCUGUUUGCAUGGCCGAUAUUAUGAAAUUUGUAAAGACCACAUGAAUUCAUCAUACAUCAAUGGCACUUGCAGAGUUAUCUUCGUUUUUGACAACACCCCAGUCUUCCUCAACAACUCCCGUCUACAUUGUCAUAUAAGGUUCCAGAAUGUCAGAAACGACAACUAUCACGAUCCAAUUGACUCGAUUAUAUUGCUUCUAUAUAAGAGAAACGAUACCGUAGUGCCAACAGCAUCACCACUUCCAGGGACAACAUCAACUACUGCAUCAAGCACGACUACAUCCACUAAUGGAACGACGACUUCGACAGAAAAAGGUUUGACGGGUGGAGAAAUAGCUGGCAUCGUUAUUACUGUUCUUCUUGCUUUUAUUGCUAUAGCGGUUGGAAUUGUGUGCUGGUGGAAACGAAUGUGUUGUUGUCAACAAAAACAACAUCGCGGAUCCCGACCAAUGAGGAUGAAUGAUGAAGAUAAUCAGUGAUAGAUUGUGGCAAUUCUACUUUUUCGUAAAAUCCUGAAUUUAGAAUCUAAAAAUCACAAUAAAUUCAGCUUUUACAUUUUUUACAUUUGCUUUUUCAAUUAAAAUCAAUUAAUAAUACUGCAGUGACUAGUUUUGAUAGAAAAAGGUACCUUUUAGUACUGCUUUUCGAAUUUCCUUUAAAGGGUGAAACUUGAAAAAAGGUGGGAAAUUUCAUCACAUAAGAGAAAACACUAAAUUUUCUACCUUUUUAUCAACUAAAAAGGUACCUUUUCUAAUCAUUUGAAUUUAUUCUUGAAAUCCAUGAAAAGGGUAGGAUUAUUAACGUCGUAAGAAAGAAAAUAAAUUGUAAAAGCUGAAUUUAUUGUGAUUUUUAGAUUCUAAAUUCAGGAUUUUACGAAAAAGUAAAAUUGCAACAAUCUAUCACUGAUUACAGAUCCGCUAGCUUUAGUCAAGUAAAGUGUAAUUUUGGCAACAUGCUACGUAGAACGGACUGAAAGGACGAACAACCAACACCAAAGACAAACAUUACUACCUAUCCUUCACAUGAGAAUAAAAGGACGAAAGAUGUGGUCGCCAUGUUACAGCGCGAAUCGAAACACUGUGGGCACCUAGAAAUAUUCUAGGAAUGUUAUAUUGAACUCCUUUGGCCAAUCAGAAUUGACUUUCAAACAACAACAUAACAAAAAAGAUAACAAUAACGCUUGUGAAGGCAACAAAUCAAUCCUUGUAAUACGCGCUUGUCUUUAAAGUGCCUAUGACCCCUAACUCAAUAUUUUCAGCAUUGAUUCUACAUGAAGAAUACAAUUUGUUCUGGUUAUCUCGUGGUAAGAUGGCUACGGUUCAAAUUUAUUUAACUCGUGGUGAUCAAAUAAAGGCAACCAAAGCGACCAAAUCCAUGUUAGAAAAACGACCAAAGCGGUUCACAAACUGUUAACAAACGUUAAAGACUAAAUUUGAGGUUAUAAGGUCGAUACAAAGGCUAAAAGAAAAGCAAAAAACUGCAGAUUGUGUGCCUUCUACUUGCUUGCAAUCACAUUUGAACGAUGAAUACUUAACCUAGAGACCAAUCGGCCCAAUCUAUUAGAAAUUCUCUGUCACGGCCUCUUCACAGGAAGCCCAAUCUCAUAUAACAGGACGAUUUAUAAGGCAAUGUGUGGGAAAUUACUGUUUAGCUUAUAACUCUGUGAAAAAUAAGGAAAAUAAAUCCAAACCUUCAUGUGG